AUAUCAACUUCCAAGAUGUCGGAUGCCGACGACUACAUGGUUGGAGAUGAAGAAUAUGACCUAGAAUAUUCAGAAGAUAGCAAUUCAGAGCCGGAUGUCGAUUUGGAGAACCAGUAUUACAACUCGAAAGCACUGAAGGAAGAUGAUCCAAAGGCUGCCCUUGAGAAUUUUCAAAAGGUCCUUGACCUGGAGGGUAAGGACAAAGGAGAUUGGGGAUUUAAAGCUUUGAAACAAAUGAUUAAAAUCAAUUUUCGCCUUGGUCAACAUAGAGAGAUGAUGAGUCGAUACAAGCAACUCCUAACAUACAUCAAGAGUGCUGUCACGAGAAAUUAUUCUGAAAAGUCUAUUAACUCUAUCCUCGAUUACAUUUCAACAUCUAAACAGGCUGACUUGCUACAAAAUUUUUACCAGACGACAUUAGAUGCCUUGAAGGAGGCAAAGAAUGAGAGGCUCUGGUUCAAGACCAACACCAAAUUAGGCAAACUCUACUUUGAUAGGGAGGACUGGACAAAACUUCAGAAGAUCAUCAGACAGCUACAUGGCUCUUGUCAGACAGAAGAGGGUGAGGAUGACAUGAAGAAGGGGACACAGCUUCUAGAAAUAUAUGCCCUAGAAAUUCAAAUGUAUACAGCACAGAAAAAUAACAAAAAAUUAAAAGCUCUGUAUGAACAAUCAUUGCACAUUAAGUCAGCCAUUCCUCAUCCACUUAUCAUGGGCGUUAUCAGGGAGUGCGGCGGCAAAAUGCACCUUCGCGAAGGUGAGUAUGGCAAGGCACACACCGACUUCUUUGAGGCCUUCAAAAAUUACGAUGAAUCUGGAAGCCCUAGAAGAACGACAUGCCUGAAAUACCUGGUACUAGCCAACAUGCUCAUGAAGUCAGGUAUCAAUCCGUUUGAUUCGCAGGAGGCCAAGCCGUACAAGAAUAAUCCUGAAAUAUUAGCCAUGACCAAUCUUGUCAGCGCCUACCAAAACAACGACAUAUGCGAUUUUGAGAAGAUCUUAAAAACGAACAGAGAAAAUAUAAUGGAGGAUCCAUUUAUUAGGGAGCACAUUGAAGACUUACUGAGGAACAUAAGGACGCAAGUACUCAUCAAGCUGAUCAAACCUUACACACGCAUACAUAUUCCUUUCAUAUCUCAAGAGUUGAACAUAGAUGUCAACGAAGUUGAGUGUUUGUUAGUUUCCUGUAUCUUAGACAAUACAAUUAGAGGUAGGAUAGACCAAGUGAACCAGUUGCUAGAACUUGAGCACGAGAACACGGGGGUAGCCAGGUACAACGCUGUUCACAAGUGGGCCAAUCAACUCUCCUCCCUUCAUGAAGCCAUCGUCAGCAGGAUGGCCUGAUUGCGAAUCCUAUUUAUUAUUAUUUUAUAUUUUUAUUGUAAUUUUUUUAGUUUGUUAUUAUAAUUAUUAUCAUCACUGAACAAACGCCAAUAACGUUUUUACUGUAUUUUAUUUUAUCAUUACUCCUUUGUCAUUAACUGUAGUUCCAUUGUCUGUCGUAUAUUACUCAUAUUAUUAUUAUUAUUGUUAUUAUUAUUAACCUAAUUGUAUUUUCAAUUUAUCAAUUUUUUAAUAUUUAUCUUUACCCCUUGGUACGAAUCGUUGAACAACAAACAAUUUAGCAGGUUUCAAAAAUUAAGUCCGUUUUUAUUUUCGUGUGCGUCUCUCUCUCUCUCUUUCUCUCUCCUUUUCUCUCUGUCUUAUUUUUAUCUCCCUUUCUACAAGUUCAUAUUGGAAAAAGUUAACACUCUGACCAGUGGCGGAUCUGGAGGGGUGGCAGUGCUCCCUUCCCCGUUGUUGUGAGCUUUUUUUUAACAAAAGCCAGAAAGAGGACCGGGCCCUUUUAUGUAUAGAAUCAACCAAAAAUUGAACCUAAUAAGCAAAAAAAGUUCAACAGCCACACUAGCACAGAUCUUGCCCCACCCUCUCGUUAAAGUUUUCUAGAUCCGCCACUGGCUCUGACUAAAGCGGCAAAAAUUAGCACAACAUUCAAGUCGUGUAAGUUAAUAUUAAUGAUAAAAACAGACUAAACUAUCAAAAAAAUAAUAAAAAUUGUUAAUGCAAAAAAAAGAACUUUUUUUGGAAAAUUAUCAUUUUCAUACCUUUUGUGGUUGGUUGUUGAAACAGUUUCAAUAAAACUAACUUUGUAAAGUGAUUUUAUUUGGCUAUUCAUUUGUUAUUAUUAACUUUUUUGGGUCUAUUUUCCGUUUUCACAAUGUUUAUUUUUUAUUAUUUAAUAUUUAAAAAAAUUUUCUUAUUAUUACUUUUGUCCUUGCAUCGUUUGUUUCUCAUCAAUAUCAAAAAAGUUCCCGACGUCUUGUUUAAAAUUCUACUAAUAUUAUCAACUUUGUUAUCAUUAAUCAUCUAUUUUUUAACGAUUAUAUUGUUUAAUAAUUUUAUUAGCCAGGGGUUUAUUGGAAAACAAAAAUGGGUCUGUAAGAA